UUAAACUUCUAACGUUUGGUCUCGAUAAUUAUCCGAUCGUCAUCCACAACCCUCCCGUUCCUUACAUAUUGAAUAGCGGCCUGGACAACGGGAAACGCAGUCUUGUGCGAAAUGGUAGAAGCUUACCAGAACCACCUGCUAUUAUUAAGCCUCCUAAAAAGCCGAACCAUGAAUUUAGACGACAUGGAUUACUCGGAGAGGUUGUACCUAAUGCAUUCACCAUUGAACUUUGCUGCCUGGAUUGCUCAAAGUUACAAUUUUACAGAACCUAA